UCCUGAACAAGGUAGCGGCGUGACGAUAAUUGUUCUCUAGUUGUUAGUCGCAGUUCGAUCCGACGCCAUAUAUGGAGGAAUUGAAAAUCAAUUAGGGUUUCUAUCUCUUGCCUGGUGGUGGUGUACUGUUCAUGCACCCCCUCCGAAAUCCAGCUGGUCUAGAAGCUGCAAGAAGAGAAGAUGUCAGUGGGAAACGUCGACCAGUUCCUGGUAAGAUUGCCAGGACGAGUCAACGGCGGGAUGAAUUUCCUGGUAGUGAAUUUAAUCAACCAACUGUACUGCUUUUGGAGCUGCUUCUCGCCAUUACUGCAGGUGAUGGGUUUGGAGCAGUUCAGUGGAGAAGACAAAAAGAUGGAUCAUUUGGUUAUUUUUGCUUUUCCCUAUUCCCAGUGGGUCUUCUGAUUUUGUCACCUUGAGUUGGCCCCGUUCCUCUGCUUGACUGCUUCGCGCUCCAUUGUUGUCAACGUCUCUGUUUGUGUCUCACUUUCCGUCGCAGUCCUUAUGUCGACUUCCUGGAUGGAAAUCCAUACGAAUUUCCUGAUCUGCUUGGUUGCUUCUGCCAUCCUUUCACUGUCAAGAGAUUAAUACUCUUGUUUCCUCCUCCGUCUCCUUUGUCUCUCUAAGCUCCAGAGUCUCACCGCCAUUUCCAUCUUCAUCUUUGGGACUGUCAUUCUUUUUUCCCUUCUCUGUCCAAAGCCCAGUCCUCUUGUUCCCAUCGAGAAGAGCUUUUCUUUAUAGUUGGAGACGGUGUGAUUAAUUGACAGCGUCACAGUUUUACUUUCAACGUUGAAUUUGGGUAGUUUUCUGUGAGGCAUUUCCUCGAACGGGCUUCUUUCUCUACAAGGUCUUUGUUUUCUGGAGUUCUGCUUGAUUGACUGGGAAGUAGAUAGAAAUGGGCAAGCACCGUGUGAUGGUCCCCGUGGAUGAAAUUGACUUGUCUGCUGUCAAGUACGAGCAAGAAGUAGUACAAGCUCCAAGUUUGUCUGGGAUAAGAUUGAAGCUGUUUACAAGGAUACUUGAAUCUCCAUUCUUUGGUUCUCUGAUAGUUUCUCACGUGAAGAAGCAGAACAAGAUGAUUGAGUUAUUGCAGAACACUGAGAUACCUGAAUUGCCCAUGUUUAAACCGGAGUUUCCUCUUCAAGAACCAGAACGUGGUGUAUACAUAGUGGAUGAAUUGGAAACGCCAGAAGAAAGGGUAGCAUCAGCAUUGAAGUGUCUUCCUGAUUACAAUCCUGCUCACUCCUUGGAUGAGAACCCAGGCACCUGUUUCAGAUACUGGACGAUUCGCGACUAUGCACAUGCUUAUCGUUCAAAGCUUGUGACACCCUUAAUGGUGGCAGAGAAUAUCGUAUUGGCUUUAAAGGAUUUCGAGGGGAAGACUCCACCAUGUCCCCUGUUGGUUUCUUUUGAUGUUGAUGAUAUAAGGAAUCAAGCUGCAGCAUCCACUCAAAGAUUCAGUGAAGGAAAAGAAAUAUCGGUCUUGGAUGGAAUUUUUAUUGCAAUCAAAGAUGAUAUAGAUUGCCUUCCUUACCAAACAAAGGGUGCAACAACGUGGAUGCAUGAUGUUCGCCCCGUAAAAAGUGAUGCAGUUUCAGUUUCUAGGCUGCGCAGCUGCGGUGUUAUAUUUCUAGGGAAGGCAAAUAUGCAUGAGCUGGGCAUGGGAACUACAGGAAACAAUCCAAAUUAUGGAACGACAAGGAACCCUCAUGAUCCAGAAAGAUACACUGGUGGAUCGUCGUCAGGGCCAGCAGCAAUUGUAGCUUCCGGACUGUGCUCUGCUGCCUUGGGGACUGAUGGUGGAGGUUCAAUCCGCAUUCCUUCUUCCCUUUGUGGUGUAGUUGGCAUGAAAACAACUUACGGACGCACGGAUAUGAAGGGUUCUCUGUGUGAAGCUGGUACUGUGGAGAUCAUUGGACCAAUUGCAUCUUCCUUGGAGGAUCUCAUGCUCGUGUAUGCAGCAAUUCUUGGUUCUUCACCGGUGGAUAGAUUUGGCCUGCACCCGUCUCCACCUUGUUUCCCGAAGUUAUCAGCAAAGAAGAGUACGGAUGUGGUCGGAUCAGUUCGGCUUGGAAGAUACACACCGUGGUUUAAUGAUGUUAAACAAACGGAGGUCUUGGACAAGUGCAGGGAUGCUCUUUCCCUUCUGUGUAAGACCCAUGGCUGUGAAAUGGUGGAGAUUUUGAUACCAGAGCUGCUGGAAAUGCGGACUGCUCACCUUGCUACCAUUGGAGCUGAUAUGCAUUCGAUAUUAAGUCCUCACAUCAGUAAUGGGAAAGGUGCCAAGUUGACAUGCGAGAGUCGCACUAGUGAUGCAUUGUUCCGAUCAUUCACUGGAUCUGAAUAUGUUAGUGCUCAACGCAUUAGGAGAAGAAUAAUGUACCAUCACUUGGAAAUUUUCAAGAAUGUUGAUGUCAUUGUUACUCCUACAACUGGAGCAACAGCACCUAUGAUUCCUCGCAGUGCUCUCAAGUGCGGAGAGAGUGACAUGAAGACUACAGGUUUUCUUAUGCGCUUUAUCAUCGCACCAAAUCUCAUUGGUCUUCCGGCUAUAUCUGUCCCUAUUGGUUACGACAAGCAAGGGCUUCCCAUUGGCUUGCAGCUAAUCGGUCGCCCAUGGGGAGAAGCCACAAUUCUCCGGCUAGCUUUUGCGAUCGAGGUACUAAUAUCCUCCUAUUGAAUGAAAAGGCCAAAAAGGAAAUGAAGGAUUUAAAUGUGUUUUGUUUCAAAGUGCCAGCAAAAGAUGUUGGUUCAUCAUACUAAAAUAAAAUAUGUUGCUAUUUUUAGAUAAUUUGUGUUUUUGGCUGCGCCUGCAGGAACUAUCUGCGGCUUCCUUGAAGAAGCCAACGUCAUUUUACGAUGUUCUCAAAGCAAAUUAAAAAGCAUUUGACUUGCCAAAGAUAGUAUGAGUUUUGGAUAAGAUAUAUACUAUCCCGAGGACUGCGUCACGGUACUAUUAUGGGUUUCUUCGCAGACCUAAUUCCAGCAAAAAUAAUUGAUAUGCUUGAAAUUUUCUUACAUACUUCUGAAACUUUAUCGACGAGGUUGAUCUUUUUGGUCCAGUAAUAGAAACUUGUAACAAAUAACAGGCGGUCUACUGGUAAAGUGGGUGUCUCACGUUGUGUGGGAUUAUUAGGAGGUAUGGAGGUGAGGGUGGGUAUGCUAUUCAAAUUUAGUCAAAUGACCAGAUCAAACCAAAGUUUUAGUACGAUGAAUCGAAUUAAUUAAGAUAUAAUAAAGAUCGUUUAAGGUUAUGCGAAUCAGAAAGAGCUAAAUUCUAGCACUCCGACUAUCGGAUUUAAGUUCGACC